AAAAUACCCGUGUAUCAGUCGAAGAGAUAAGGAUCCUUUUUUUUGUUCCUUUUUGUUUUCUUUCUUAGUGCCACGUCGCCAUCGGCGGCCAGCUGGAUGUUCGUUUCGGUACCGCGGUUUCAGUCAAGUGUUAGGGGUUGAAUAGCCGGAGAUGAGAUAUGAAGCAGCUGGAUUAACGGUCUUGUACGUCCUGACAUUUUUGAUCGUCUUGCCCGUCUUGUGCAGCACGUGGCGCUAUUCUGCCUAUUAUCGAAGGGCAGAAUCAACGGAUGAAAAUGAUCCAUCGGUCCUUUCUUAUUUGUCCGACGUGACGACCAGCGUUAAUGAUGAGGCGGACGAACGGCCAUUGUUUCUUCUUGUGACGAUCGUGACAGUGAGACGGGAGGGCCAAUUUUACUUGAGCCGCGUAGUGGCCCGUCUGCAUCAGUUGUUAUCUGCCUACAAUGGUGGCAACGGAAACGACGGUGCCAUUCGAGCCAUGAUUUGUAACGUUGACCAAGAUCCACAGCUCCAUCAAGAGGCUCUUGACUUGCAAACCAUCUAUCCGGUGGUCCGUCGUUCCGUCCAGCAGGCCAUCAGCUACGACAAUCUGAUGGAUAAAGAGAAGGACGAUUACAUCUUUUGUUUGAACGCUAGUCGACAUUAUCACGACGAGAUAUCCAUCAAAGAACGGCAGUCAUCCGGGACUUAUUACAUCCUCGUGCUGGAAGACGACGCCGUCCCGCUCGAUGACCUUUUGCCCGUCACGCGUCGUUUAAUCGACUAUUUGAAAAUGCGUCGAUCAGACGAGGAUUUCUUCUACGUCAAGCUCUACCAUCCCGAACGACUGCAGAACUACUGGCAGCCGGAGCCGUGGCGGAUCGCUGAAUGGCUGGCCGUCUCCGUCCUGUCCGUCUUCCUUCUUCGAGUCGUGCUCGGUUUGCCAUUGAGGCGACACUCGUUGUGGAUUGUUUAUUUCAUGGCGUUGACCGAAUGCCUCGGCCGUCCGCAUUUGCUGCAAUUCAAGCGAUGGAUGUUCGCCCGUCUCGCAAGUCCGGCUGCGGCUUACAAUUUGCUAUCGGCCACUGAAUGCUGCACGCCGGCUAUGCUCUUUAGCAACACUUCCGCCUACCUGGCGUCCGCUUUCUUGUCAUCCAUCACCUGUAAAAAGGGCUACGCCAAAGACACGGCCCUCUACCUCUACGCACGUCAAUCUGGCCGUCAAGCUUUUGUCGUCGAACCGAAUCUAGUCCAGCAUAUUGGCCGAGUUUCAACUCUCCGCUUCAACUAAGUCGCCUUACUUUUUAAUUCCUUUUUAU